AUUGAGUCCUAAGUGCAGAAAGAAACAAUGCAACCAAGGGGCUGCUAACAAAUGUAAUAAAUUAGAGUUCCUCUAUUUUCUUACAUCAUUUUAUAGAUUCUUUUUCACAAUGUGCACUUUAAAUCUUCAGACUAGAAUAUCCCAUCCCAUGUUUUACAGAUGAUAUCACAAAUUGGGAUGACUCUGAGCAACAGAUAAAGGAGAAAGGAAAUGAUAACUGGAAAAUAGAUUUCUCAAAUGAAGAGUUGAAAGGGAGAAAAGAUGACGAUUUGGCACAGGUCUCUUCUACGGAACAAAGAAAUUUAGAUUCACCGAUUGUGGUCAAAAUGCCAUUGGAUGACUGCACUGCGUUGAGUGUGCCAAAGAUAUUUGAACAGCGAUCCAAGGCACAGUCUGAGAUUGAUACAUAUGAUAGGAAUGUCUUCGCGCGAGAAACAUGGUCUAAAGAGAACAAUGCACGCAUCAUAGAUUCCGAAUGCGUGAAUCCCGACAACGCCCGUUCGUUAGCCGAACACAAGGAGUCGGCAUUGCCUAUGCCGUGGGAUGCGAAUGAGACUAACGAGACUGAAGAUAACGGAGCUAUCAGUAAUAAUGAACUAGGAAAUGUCGCUGUUAAUAAAGUCGGCGGUGUUAACGUUGCGCGUAGGGAAUCUGUCGAGAGUUCUGAUAGAUCCACAAAUAGCAACAACGAUGCAGUAGCGUACAAAAGUCUUCAGCUCGAAGAUACCGGGGAGCUUUGCCACGAGAAUGAUCCCAACAGCGAGGCCGAAGACAGUGAAGCUAUCAGCAACAGUGGUUUAAAAGAGGCCAGUCUUCAGGAUCCCAAAAAUGUCAGGGCGCACAAGGUCAAACAGCCACAGCUAUACAGCAUCAGGAACAUUGUGAUCGUUAUCAUGGAGAAGGACAGCGCGUUUGGUUUCACCGGCAAACUGUCGGUGAAAGUGCUGUACGGCGCCGUGGAGGUUUAUGGUGCUAUACUGAACGCGUCCAAGGAUCCCGUGGAGGUGUAUUCACCGAGAGGAUACAGCAACGUUAUCAUAAAUACCUGCGGAGAAGUCCCUGAUGAUACUAUCGACCAGAUAUGGACGAAGUUUAACGCGGACGGCAUCACUCGGGACUCGGAGACCACGUUGUUCGAGAAUAUUGACAAAGUCAAGCCGGGAAUGGCCGUACUGGUGUUGCGGAAUAUUGAGAACAAUCUCACUCACUUCCUGAAGACCUAUUAUCCAUUAAGACUAUUUCCAGACGUGAAGAACUCCAGCUACUACCCUUGGACGGAUUAUCGUCGAGCUGAGAUGGUGCUACAGGCACAGCUGCAGGUAAAGUACCAUGACUUGAGACGCAGAGGGCUGUUCAUUGACUCGCGUAUCAGCGACAUCGCCAACGGGAUGUUGACGCGCUGGCGCGCGAACAAGUGGUCGUGCGCACUGAUUGCCGGCGGUAAGGACGUCGGCAAAUCCACCAGCGUGCGUUUCUUGAUUAAUAAGUUGCUACAUACCUGCGAGAAAGUAGUCUUGAUAGACGUGGAUCCCGGUCAGUCGGAGUGCACGCCGUACAGCUGCGUCUCUUACAGCUUGAUCGAGCAGCCGCUGCUAGGGCCGAACUUCACGCACCUGCAAACACCAGUUUACCAACUUUUCAUCGGCGAGAUCGACGUUAUGCAAUGCGCCACACGCUAUUUGGAAGCUAUAAAGAUGCUGAUUACUAAAUUGAAGAGUUGCUCGGAGCUAUCGCGUUUGCCGAUCGUUGUGAACACGAUGGGAUUUACACAAUAUGUCGGUUGGUAUCUCCUGAUCUCCACAGUGAAGCUUAUCAGGCCGUCUGUUAUCCUACAAAUCUUGUCGGCGAAGAAUAGGAACAAUUACAGAAAUUGGCUGAACGCAGACACUGUGAACAAACAGGACCGCAAGUGGACGUUACAUAAUAUACCGUUGGCCGAUUGGUACAAGCCGUGCGAUCAUGAGCUGUUUGUGAUGCAUUCCAAUGCGGAAAGUAAAGAAGCACGAGUACCAAAAAAGUGGAACAUGGAGCCGUAUCAACAGCGCGAGCUCGUCAUGAUUUCUUAUCUAAGCGAUAUCACACGCGACAGCUAUGAUCCCUUCCAAUGCGACGAAGAUCAGUCACUCAAGAUCAACGAGGUGGUGCCGUACAUGGCACCCCUCUCUUCCCUGUGCAUCAUUCCUCAACGAUCGGUCGGCGUACCACCCUCGCACGUCUUGAAUGUCAUAAACGGUAAUAUAGUAGCGUUGUGCGGUGUAGAUUUGACGGAGGAGCCUUCGCAGGAGUCUGACGACAGCUACGAUGUUCGAGUGCUCACGCACAAAACGUCCUUAUGUACCUGCUACGGAUUCGGAAUAAUACGAGGCGUCGAUAUGGAACAGAAACAAAUAUUCAUCAAUACCCCGCUGCCCAUAUCGAUGAUGCAGCAUGUCAACUGUCUAGCGGGCUGCAUUUCCAUUCCGCCGUCGCUAUUGCAAGUGAUUGAGGGCGCGCUGUACGUCGGCGCGGACGCAACGCUGCCGACGAGCCGUAAACCUCGCAAGGGCUACUUCCGCAUGCGACGUGGGAAGAAAUCGAAAACGGACAACCAUAAGUCAUCGCAGAACACGAAAUUGUAUGAAGAUACCGUGAAACGUACCGAUGGUUAAAUAACGCUGAGAUAACUCGGAGACGGGGCGACAGUGAGUUUUUUGCGUGUGUAGUCAUCGAGUAGUUCAUAAGACAUGAGACCUUAUUCUGGAUGUAUAGCGAAUGAGCCACAUUUUAUAAGUUUUAUUUGCCUUUUUUUCUAAGAAUCUCCGCACAAGAAUACAAGAAGCGUCCGUAACGCUUCAAGUUACGUCGAGUACUGACUGUAAAUUGAGGUCUGUACUUAAUAGUGAACUUGGAUCAACACGCAAAAGCGUGAUUUUAUGUAAUCAGACACAUUCUCUCUUCCUCCCCCUCUCUCUUAUGUAUGAAAUUGUUAAAUAUUUUGUAAUUAAAUAAUUAGAAAAGAAAUAUAUUUAAUUUGAUGCAUGAGUUAAUAUUUUAUCGAAACUUCUACAUUGUUUUUUUUUUUAUUUCAUUAUUAUAGUAAAUAAAUGAAUAAACAAUAUAUUAUAUAGAAGAAUAAAAAUUUGACGAGAUAUUAACUUAUCAAAUUAAAUGUUUCUCUGUUUUAAUAUUUUUAUUAUAAAAGAAUAUUUCAUAUAUACUUCAUACUACUUCAUAAUAAAGCGUUGGAUGACACAUAAUUAUGCUUUUAUUAUGUUGCGAUUUUCUUUGUACGUUGAAUCUGCUAUUACGUACAGAUUUCAAUUCAAUGUCAGCAAUUGACGCAAUUUAAAGCGAUAGACAUUCUUAUACUUAGACAUUCUAAGUCUGCUGUUAUAUACAGACUUCAAUUCAAUGUCAGCAAUUGACGCAAUUUAAAGCGAUAGACAUUUUCUUGCGUGGAAGCUUUAAGUUUAUUAUUUAAGUUUAAUUGUAAGUUUAAUUUUAUUUUUAUGAGUGUCAUACAUACAUGUCAACUACAGAAUGAGGAAGAAUAUAUUUGACUAUGCAACAUGUUUAAAUACAUGUUAACUACAGAAUGAGGAAGCAUAUAUUUGACUAUGUGUCCAGAAUAUGGCCUAAGAAUGGUCAUACUUAACGAUAUUUAUCACAGAUGUCAUAUAUGUCGUAACAUCAUAAUUAUUUCAUUUUUGUCGUUUUCAACCUCGUAUAUAUAUAUAUAUAUAUAUAUAGAUAAAACUUGGUUUCAAAAUUAUAGAAAACGAUUAUAAAACAAUUAUAAAAAGAGAACUCGACAUUAUUUUUAUUUUUUAAUAAACUAUGCAUAAUGAUUAUAAUCAUAAUAAAUCAUACUGAUAUAUUAUAGUAAAGAUUAUAGUAAAUAAAUAAAUGUUAAGACAUAUAUAACAUCUGGUGUAUGAUUGGUUGUAUUGAUAUUCGGUGCACUUAUACUCAGCGACACUCUGUGACACUUGAGCAUUGUAUUUCUAGCUCGUGGAAUUUAUAUCAUAGCUGAAUUGUUUUAUUUCGCGAAAAAUCGGAAGAAUUGCAAUAGAUUGUGCGUCUCCUCGCUAGUAUGAGUGCACCACGCAGCUCAACAAUGUACAACCAAACGAUUUACGAUUUGAUCGCGUACAAAAUUAAUUAUACAAAUUUGUUAAUUAUACAAAAGUAUAGAUAUUUUUACGCAUAAUUAUGCGCAGACCAAGGAAGAAUCGCCAAAUAUUGAAAUACUAUUUGAGAAAUAAAAGGCGAUUCUUUGUGUAGUCACAUAAGUUUUUCUUAAGAAUGGUACAAAACAAAAUUAUUUGUUCCAAAAUUGAAUUGUAAGUUUACAAAUUAUUAAAAAAUUGUACUACGUCGCAACAGGAUAGGGAAUAUCACAUUCUAUGAUUCUCUCAUUGCGAGCUGGAUUGGCCGUUUUCGUCUUCAUUGCACUUAAAGAAGGAACAUAGGGGCCGCAAUAUAGCGGUGAGUGUUUGCACACUCCAAGAUUUGCCGAUCAAUCUCUGUCGACUUGUGGCUGAUAAGUUCUUUACGUCCGUGUAGUGCCGAGGAAAACCAAAGAUCUCCUCGAGUUCAGUAAUCCAUAGCGUGUCGCUGGUGCCUUUCAUCAUGAUCGGUUUCAGUUCCGCUUUGCCUGAAACGGAGAUGAAAACGUUCGUGGAGUCCUUUCCCCGAUGAAAUCUUUCGGCUCGAUCGAAGAAAGGAAAGACAAAAAAAGGAAACAUACCUUGUCUCAAAGAAUUUGUUCUAGUCGUGACCGUGCGAAUCUUCUUCACUAGAGCGUAACGGUUGCAGUUUGGUGUGAGUAUAUCCUGGACAUCCUGCUGUUUCUGAAACUGGGGGAAGUACGGGUCGUCGGGGAGAUUGUGCCAGUAGAGUCUCAGCCUGUGCUGGGGCGAGAAAUCGGCCGAGUCCACCACCAUUGGCUCCUGCCCCAAGUGUCUGAAAUCAAUGCAACAAGUUAAUUUCGCGUGAUCACGACAGGUCAUGCCAAUGAUAAUCGUGAUUAAGUAGGAGGCGCGACGGCUCACUUGUUCAUUUCUAAUCUGUACUCGCUCGGCAUGGAGGCGACGUUCUCGUACAGCCAGAAUAGAUGGCGACCCUUGUUGCUCUUUUUUAAUUGCUUCAAGAUCCGGAUAUACUCGAAAAAUAGUAUGCCCGUCCCUUUGGGAUCUGCGAGAUCACGAGAGAAGAGGAAAAUUAUUCCGUUCAGGUAUUUUUUUUACGGUUUUUUUCACAAGUUGAUCAUCGACACUUACUGUGGAGACCCAGUCGCGCCGGAUUGACUAAACUGAGGUCGUUGCACGGCGAACCGCCGAUCAACAGGUCGAUCGGCAUGAUCUCUUUGACCUUCUCUUUCGUCACGCCUCGCACGUCGCCUAAGUAAGUAAUACGAUCACCGAAGUGGGCGGAACUGAUCGUUAGAGCGUCCUGAUCGAUUUCGCUCGCGUAAUAAACGUCCACAGUGAUCCCCAGUUUCAGGAGCACUACCAGACCUGUCAAAUAUUAUCACAUAUAGAUGCAGGACUGUAAUAUUUUCCAAAUAUAUUUUUGUACACGCAUAAAUACAUGUAUCUUUAAGAAUAUGUUUUGUAAGUGUGUUACUGCGCUUAUCGCGUAAUAAUGAUACUAUAACAAUGUACAUUGGAUAUAGGUAAAUGCUUACCAGUGCUCAAGCCAUCGAAAAGUGACAGCACACGUAUGCCUUUCUUCUCAUCAUUAUUUACAAUAUCUAUUUUAUUAGGUACAAUAUCAGAAGUCGUACGGAACAUCCCUAAGAACCUCUCUUUCCAAUCAGGUCGCGGACGCAACAGUCCUACAGGCAAUGUAGACUUGUCUCUGCACAGAAAGCAUUCCCAUGGAUCCUCCAACAACAUCUCGUCGUACACUUUCGGACACAAGAGAUACUUCAGGCAGGCAGUGCAAUAGACUCUGAAAAACGAAUCGCACGAUUACAUAGUUGAAGGAGACAAGAUGGAUUCGUCGUUAGGCAUCAUAAACGAAUUACUAACCGUGGACAAUCCUCUCGGUCGCAGAUAACCACAGUCCCGGUCGCGGCGCAGACUGUACAAUAAAACUUAAAUCAGAAAUGUAGAAAUUCGUCAAAAUGUAGACACCGUUAUGAUUCACGAGUGUCACUUGAAUUGUUAGAUACUUACACACUUAUCGUCGUUCCCGAACACGAACAUACAAGGUUUAAAAAGGUUCUGAAACAAAACAAUUUGCGAAACAUUUAGCUGUAAUCAUCGCAGAAAAAUACUAUAUAUGUUUUGUUGUGCUCUACAUCAAUAGUUUGUUUUCUCUUUGUGAUCAGUCUCGAGAAUAAAUAAAGAAUUUGUCGUCUCUUU